UGUACAAGUUGUAUAUGAUGAGGCAGCUGCCCAUCAACAGUACCACCCAUUAUCAAAAUAAACACUUGUACCUGAUGAUUUUAUGAAAUUAUAGUGUCAAACUGAAGUGGAAUAGAAAUUUAAUACAUAAUGCCACCUAAAAAGAACAAAUUGCCUGAUGGCUGGUUCAAUUGCCCAAAGUAUGGUGUACUUAUUCAAAACAAAUUUAUGCCAUUAAAAACACCUCUCAGUAAAAACUUUGAUACAAAACUGCCACCAGAGAAUCGAUUUUAUCCGCAAGACAUUUUUAACGUAGCCAAAAGCAAAGGGAUUAGAUUUGGCUUAUGGAUUGAUUUGACAAACACUGACAGAUACUAUUCGAGUCAUGAAAUCUUUGAUCUUGAUUGCUCAUACAAAAAGCUGGCGUGCAGAGGUGCUGGUGAAUUGCCGUCCCGCCCAUAUGUAAAUACCUUUAUAAACUUAAUCGACAGCUACAUUAAGGAAAAUCCAAAUGACUGCAUUGCCAUUCAUUGCACACAUGGUUUUAAUAGGACAGGAUUCCUACUUGUGUCGUUUUUUGUGGAAAGAUUGAAAAUUCCAGUUAGAGAUGCCAUCGAACUGUUUGCCAGUUGCAGGCCUCCUGGGAUAUACAGACAUGAGUACAUCAUGGAGUUGUGCAAGAGAUAUGGCAGUCUGGCUGAUGUACCUGAAAGACCCUCGACUCCACCCUGGAAAAUUUAAUGUGAUUUUAUGUGGUACUUAAAGUUUUUUAACGUUUAAUAAAUGUUUUGUCAUAUAA